CAUAUACAACAAUUUCUACCACAAUUCAAAUUAUCCCAAUAACAACAUUCUAAAUAAUAAUAAUAAUAAUAAUAAUAAUAAUAAUAAUAAUAAUAAUAAUAAUAAUAAUAAUAACAGCAACAACAACAAUAAUAACAGCAACAAUUACAACAAUAACUUUCACAACAAUCACUACAAUAACAAAAGCAACAUCAACAACAAUAGAAAUGACCUAUACAACAUGUACCCUAACUGCGACACCUCAAUCAACCAAUACUUUCUAGGCCCUCUACCUGGCUUACCUGAUGGCAAGAAUAUCAUGACCUAUCCCGAUGUUAUCGACGUUAUCGAAAAGAAAAAAAAACUAAAUCCGGCAAUUCUACACACCAACGAUGCAGGUUUGAAAUCACAAAUUUCCUUUUCAAUCGGCGUUCAAUCAGAUAUAAAUAACUGCUCAACAAAUGAUUCCUCGUUUGCAAGUGCUUCCUCAAACAACAACCACAGCUCAACUGGCGAUUGGGGCCUAAGAUUCAAAGAACCAGAAGAAAUUUACGCAAAAGUCAAAGUCCCCUUUGGUUAUAAAUUAGGCUACCAUCUACUAAUCACUUAUCUAAGAAAAAGAUUUAACAAAGAUCAACUAGUUAAAAUGGCAAAAUCAAUGACUGAAUAUAGACCCUCUUUUAUAGCCUGCACAAUAACUCUCAAAGAAGACGACUUGAUAUUCAUGGAACAAUGCUUUCAAAGAACGCUCUUAGAAUAUGAUAAAUACAUAUCAAUUAGCGGCACUCCAACCAUAGUCUGGAGGAGAACUGGCCAAAUUUGCUAUGUAAGUCAAGAAUUCGUCAUCUUAACAGGCUGGACAAGAGAUCGUUUGUUGAAAAAGGGAACUUUUAUAGUGGAGCUAAUGGAUGAUAAUAGCGUUAUAGAAUAUUUUGAUUUAUUCUCUAAAAUUGCUUAUGGUGAUUUCAGAGGUGCAACAAUGACUAGCUGCACUUUACUUACUUGCAAUGGCAAAAAAAUAAAUACUACUUGUAUUUGGACUUUAAAAAGAGACGUUUUUGGUAUUCCAAUGAUGAUUGUUGGCAACUUUCUACCAAUUUUAACAUAACACUUAAAUUUAUAAACCUAUCCUCAUUUUGCUAGUUACGUUAUAUUACAUCUCAUUUUUUUUUGAUCGUUUUUGUUUUUCUCUGUUGACAUCAACUAUACGUUUCUCUUCUCUUCUCUUCUCUUUGUCUUUUUAAUGAUUUUGCAAUAUUAAAAAGAAUACUAUUUCUUUAUUAUUAC